AUGUUCCGACGGUGGGUCCUAGUUGUCAGGGCUACGGUGGUGGCGAAUUUAAGUGAUCAAGCUUCGGCGCCUCCGGCCGGUGAGCCUGGACUGCUUGAAGGGAGGCCCAAAGCUUCUGGUGGGUGCCGCCGGGUAGUACGCCAAUUCUGUGGAGAGGUUGUGGUCCUGCGACAGGGAGGUUGCUUCGCGCCUGUGGUGUUAGCAACCAUUUCUCCGUCAGAGGUGCCGACUAAGGAAGACGUGUUCAGUGAGGGGGCGGCGAGUCCAACAAGGGUCGACACAUUGGGUGAUACAGUUACGGCGGACUUCUUGGCUGAGUUGACAGAGACGAUGGGUUCCCCGAUGAAGUUGCAGGGGCCUCUACCCAGUCUGGAGAAGGGGCUGGUCGACCAAGGUGAUCGUAAGGGGGUCUUGGGGGUCGCUAUUUCUGGGAUACUGGGUAAGCACCCCAGCAGUGGGGUGUCUCCGGAACUCUCUGGGCCUGCUACCAGCGUCGGUGAGAAGGUCAGGUCGGGAGGGUGUCAGGGUGAUUCUGGGAAGGGUCUUCUGGGUAAGGAGAUGGGGUGUGGCAUAUCACAGGCGGAUAAUAUGGUUGGAGCUUCUACAGAAGAGGUGGGUUCUAGCAAUCAGGAGUCUUUUGUUCCAGAUUCUGUUCAGGAGACACAAUUGGAGGUGCAGGAGAAAUUUUUUAUCAUUCAGGCUUGUAAGGAAGUUGGCCUAACUUGUGAUGGUGAGGAAGGUAAGCUUGAGGAGACCAUUGGGAGGCUUAUGGCUGACAACAGAGGCAAAGAAGUGGAGAGGGCAGUGGGCACUCCUAUUGUCAAAAAAGGCAAGAGGGAGCUUAUUAAUUUGCAGUCCUCUGUAAAUUUUCUGGAGCAUUCAUC